AUGGGAAGAGUGCAAAGCAAUCAUUUGAGAAGUGGAAAGAAGGUGGAAAAAGAAGCCAUUACUCAAGAAGAGCACAACAAAGAAAGCUCAAAAGAAGAAGUGAAGGAGCAAAAGCAAGAGCAAGAAACUCCCACACAGAAUGAUAAGUCAACCAAGAAGGAGGCAGUGGAAGCAUACCAACGAAUGUUACCAUAUCCUCAAAGGUUCAAGGGAGAAAACAAAGAGAAGCAAUACUCCAAAUUCAUGGAGAUAUUCAAGACACUGUACAUCAACAUCCCUUUCAUAGAAACACUUGAACAGAUGCCACUAUAUGCUAAGUUCAUGAAGGAAUUGUUGACAAAGAAAAGAUAUCUGAAAGAAGGACAAAUGGUUGUGAUGACUAAGGAGUGUAGUGCUAUCAUCCAGAGAGAAUUGCCAAGGAAGAGGAAGGACCCAUGGAGCUUUCAUAUCCCCUGCACCAUAGGCAAUGUGAUAAUUGAGAGAGCAUUUUAUGACUUUAGUGCAAGCAUCAAUCUGAUGCCUCUAUCCUUGAUGAAGAAGCUUCAAAUUCAUGAAUUGAAAGCCACACAAAUAGCUCUCCAAAUGGCAGACAAAUUCAUUAAGCAAGCACUUGGAGUUGUGGAGAAUGUACUGGUAAAGGUGGAAAAAUUUUUCCUCCCAGUUGACUUUGUCAUUCUAGACAUAGAGGAAGAUCAUAACACUCCCAUCAUUCUAGGGAGACCUUUCUUAGCUACAAGCAGAGAAUUAAUAGAUGUUGAGAAGGGAGAAUUAAUGCUGAGAGUGCACGAAGAGCAUAUAGUGUUUCAUGUCUUCAAGAGUUUGCAAGAUCCCAAUUAA